AUGCCUUUUCAGCCUCCUCCGGUAGCAGCUAAACCCGGGAGGAAGAAGCAGUCCUGUGACGAAUGCUUCUUUGCGAAGACAGCCUGCGACAGAGCAUCACCAUGCUCUCGUUGCCAAUCCCUUGGGAAACAAUGUUCCUUUGGGGCCCAGACCCCUUCUACGGAGAACAUUCCCUCAAUGUCCCCAUCGCCAUCACCAUCUGUCUCGCAAAUUCCGCAAAGAAGAAGCGACCCAUUCUUCUUCCUAGCACACUUCACUGAUCCCUCCAUCAAGCAAGACAGACUUGCAAUCGCAGAGACAGCAAAAUGCUCCACUAGAAGGCAUCUUGACCCAAUUUACUUCCAGCAGGAAGAACCACUCUUGCCUCACGACUCUUUAUCGGCUUACAUGCCAGGCUUUUCAGUUGCUGAUCUGUUUCUUCAGCCUCUGUCUACCCCGAUUGGACAACUCUCUAUGGAGUUUAUUCCUGAAAGCACAUUUGCUUCAAGACUCUCCAAUAGACUCAGCGAGAUGAUGAUGAUUCUGGUCGAUACUUCGAAUUCUAUGGGCCUGGCGAACGCGGGCCCACAAAACCAACUCGACAUGGCCGAGCUAAACUCACUAUUCACGACCUGCAAUCUUUCUGUGUUUAUCUCGGCUUUCUUCCAGUCUCUUCAUUGGCAUCUUCCAAUUGUACAUUUUCCGACAUUCGAUCCUGCAAAAGUCUCAAACCCUCUCCUCCUUGCAAUAUUCUUGGCUGGAGCAACAUAUGCUACCUCGCAAGAUGGCCCGGUAUUCGCAAGUAGAAUACUUGACGUAGCUGAGGAGUACAUAUUCCGUCAGUUGGCUAAUUUAUCAUCAACACCCUUUCCGAGCAGCGCUCCCUAUCUCCUACCGUCAUUGGAAGUCAUUCAGGGAGCUUUAAUAAUCGAGAUGCUUCAGUUUGGACAGGGCGAAACGGGCACAAGGCGACGAAUUCGUAUAAUUAGACAUCCAUGUGUCAUCUCUACGGUACGAUCGUUGGGGAUUCUCCAGUCUAAGAGAAGUUUGACUCCGGAUAUGUGUAACGAUGAGACAUGGAGAGCAUUGAUAGCCGAGGAAGUCUGUAUAAGGAUCGCCUGUUGGGCCUUCCUUGCGGACGGAUUCCUCACAGUUUGUUUCAAUAAUCAUCCUGCACUGUCGAUAUUCGAGAUGGACUGUCAAUUCCCCUGGAGUUCCGCUUUAUUUGAAGCUGAAAAUGCAUCGUCUUUUAACGAGAUGGCUGCUUCUUAUACGAUGGGGCGCCCGCUACCUUCAUUAAGGGAGUUCAUUACGCGCCUGCUUGAUGAAAAUGCUACGGAUGACCUGAUUCAAUGGAGUCGCUCACUAGUUGGCGAACAUCUGUUGAUUCUGAUCUAUGGUUUGUGUAACCGUCCACGGUCUACAAGCGAUACCAUCGACCUAACUAUGUCUCUAGCAAUGCACUCUCUCGCUUUCCAGGCUAGGACCGGCUUGUUCGGGUGGAUAUCCACGAACUCGAUAAAACGGGCCGCCGAAAAUUGGCGAAGCAUUUGGGACUCCGUCUCCAGCAUCGUUGGUAAGGAAGGAAUACACCACUUGGGCUAUCCUAAGCAUGCUGAAGAGCUCUGGUGGCUAUUAACUGCUACGCUUGACCGCGCCAGUGGCCGGAACGUAAACCUUCGAUACCUGGAUAACGCCGCAACCGAUGACCUGGAAAGUUUAAAUAAUUUCAUCCGGGAUAUCAAAGGCCCCAACAGGACAUAG